AUUCCUAAUAAAUGUAAUAUUGCCUGUCCAAUAACUGGAACUUUGAUAUCCUUAAUUUCCUGGGUAAUUCAGUUACAACAGUGCUAGAAGUCCAAGAGAAAAGACUUUUUCAUCAGAGAAUAAAGGCACAUACACAUACACAUACACAUACAAUUCAAUCUUCUAUGCUCUAUAGCUCCCUCUUUCUUCCUGCAAAGGCAAAGGAUAAAAACCUUCUUCAUCCACAAUUGACACCUACCCCACCUAUCUCAAUUAAUCUAUCUUCUGUUUCUUGCAGUUCUUUGUCAGCAGAAUCAAUUAUCAGAACAUUUUUUUAGUUUCUGGGAUUUUUCGACUAUGAGAAAUAUCGCAGCGUGUUAUAGUGAACACGCGAUCAAAGUAUCGGAUUCGUACUGUUCAGGUCCUUCAAAUCAGGCUUAUUCUUCAACAAAUUUGAUCCCUUCAAUCCAAAAUGCAGUGACAUGUAUUUACCAAGUCAAACUGUCAACUUUGAAGCAGGUCAUGAUCAAACUCACCUGGUGCAAUCUGUUAGGCCAAGGCUUCUCUAUUGGUAUUUCUGAUUAUCCUUUUUGCCCUUCCAAAUUCAGUAAAAACUCCAGGCUUUUAAGCAAGGUCAAAGGUGCAAAAACUUUUGAAUCCUGUGAUUCAAGGAUUGAAGUCUUUUGGGAUAUCUCUCGUGCUCGAUAUGACAAUGGACCUGAGCCGAUCAACGGAUUUUAUGUUAUGGUUUUGGUCAACUCGGAAAUAGGCUUACAUCUUGGAGAUAUGGAACAAGAAUUCGAGGUCAAGAAACGAAUUGUUGAUAUCCAUGUGGCACGAUUUUCACUGGUGUCGCGCAGUGAACAUUUCUCAGGUAACGCGGUAUAUUCCACUAAGGCUAAAUUUUGUGACUCGGGCACGAUACAUGAUAUUUUGAUUAAGUGCUCAGAAAAAGAAAAGGGAUUUAAGAAUCCUGAAUUAUCUGUUUAUAUUGAUAAGAAGAAUGUAAUUCAAGUAAAAAGAUUGCAUUGGAAUUUUCGCGGAAGUCAUACGAUUUUUCUCGACGGAUUAUUGGUGGAUAUGAUGUGGGAUGUUCAUGAUUGGCUUUUCAAAUUAUCAUCAGGAUAUGCUGUAUUCAUGCUUAGGACAAGAAGUGAAUUGGAUAGCAGGUUGUGGUUAGAGGAGAAAAAUUUGGAGCAAAAAGAUGAAGAAAAGGUUGCAUUUUCUCUGUUGAUUUGUGCCAGGAAGAAUCCAGAUUAACUGUCUCCUUUUUUAUUUUCAUUUUCAGUUUUACAGUUUCUGAAUUCUUUGU